AUGAUAGAACGGGAGACAUAUGGGGCAAUCAUUUCGUCACAAUUAUUGCUGGAGUACACAUGCAGUUUAUUUCCUCCACAGCUCACAGCCUGUUCAAUGUGUCCAAAUCUUGAGGAAGAUUCAGGAUUUGGCCCCCAAUAUGGGGUACGGGAUGGACCAUCAUUCUUUUGA